CGUACGCUCGUGUGACGCAGUACUACAUCUACUCUCAAACGAGCCGCACGAUUUUAAAGAAACAUGAGUUUUGCUAACAAGGUCGUCCUUAUAACCGGCGGGAGCUCCGGCAUCGGGGCUACUACGGCUAUUUUCUUUGCCAAAGAGGGUGCAGAUGUUGCUAUUGUGGGCAGAAACCAAACGAAAUUGAAGAGAGUAUCUGAAGAAUGCGCGAAAAACGGCAAAACACCGCUCGUGAUCACGGCAGAAAUGAAUAAAGAUGACGAUGUGAAACGCAUCGUCAAAGAAACAGUCGAGAAGUUUAAUAAAAUCGAUGUUUUGGUGAACAACGCUGGCAUUUCAGUUACCGGCACGAUUCUGGACGGCAAAGUGUUGGCCGCGUACGAUGCAAUAAUGAGUGUUAAUGUCCGUUCAGUAAUUCAACUCACGACAUUGGUUGCUCCGUACCUUGUUAAAACUAAAGGGAAUAUCGUCAAUAUAUCUAGCAUAGCUGGGAAGAAGGUGAGAAGUACUGCUUAUAUGGCGUACAAUGUUAGUAAAGCAGCAUUAGAUCAUUUCACUCGUGCUGCCGCUUUGGAGUUAUCAGCUUCAGGUGUCAGAGUUAAUGCAGUAAGCCCUGGUCCAGUCAAGACUGACUUUUUUGACAACUGCGCCAUGCCUGUGACUGCGGACGGCUUGGGUGAUAUUAUGGCUUUGAAAAGAGCAUCAGAUCCAGAGGAAAUUGCGAAUUUAAUUUUGUAUUUGGCUAGCGAUAAGGCGAGAGGAAUAACUGGAUCAGAUUUCGUAUGUGACAAUGGUGGUCUGAUAGUAUAAUUCUUAUUUAAGAUUCCAUGUUUUUUUUUUGUUAAAUCCGAAAUAAAAUAUUUGUUUUAAA